UGGCUAGCGACUGAAGUCUUUCACGCUAGGUCCCGCCUACUCUUGUCGUCUAAGCCAAUGAUUCGUCACUAAACAAUGUGAGGAAGAAGGUGUAUUCCUUUAAACAACCUACAGCUUCAAACAACCAGGAUGACGAACUCAGUCACCAAGGAAAUCUCCUAUGAGGAUCUGAAGGCACUUCUGGGAAAUAGCCAGAAUCUCCUUCUGGUUGAUGUUCGUACCAAAGAGGAAGUGGAUAAAGGACGUAUUCCAGGAUCUGUUCACAUCCCACUUGAUACAGUAGAGGCCGCUCUUGCAAUGGGGUCAGAAGAAUUCAAGGCCAAGUACGGAGUAACCAAGCCACCGUUGGACGCACCAGAGCUGGUGUUUCACUGCCAGAUGGGCAAGCGAGGAGGAACAGCCACGGGCAAGGCCAACAAACUCGGAUACCUUAAUGCACGUAAUUAUACCGGAGGAUACAAGGAGUGGUCUGAGAAAGAGGGAAAGUGAUUCGUGUUGAAGGCAAAGCAUCGUAUAUAUUUAUACAAAAAACAAUUGUGAAAGCUAGACAGAUGAAAUAGAGAAAUAUGUCUGUGUUUUGUUUAUCUUUUGAUAUUGUUUUGUUUUCAUACACUACAUUAUUGUAUUUUAAAAUAUGUAUGAAUAAAUACAAAUAAAGUCAAUUAUGUUAUCUACUCAGA